UAGUAUGUCAUAAAUGGUCGUUUAGAUAACACUGUUAUUAAAUCCGCGCGAAACUAUCGACAAAAUACCUUACCUUACAACUCGCGACAUGAAUUUGUACAACGAUCAUGAAGAUGUUGGUGCUGGUGGAGACAGCCAAUCCGGGUGGCUGAUAAAAAGAGGACGUCUGACACAUCGGUGGCGUCGUCGCUGGUUUGAUCUGAGAAAUGAUGUCCUCCUGUACGGCAAAGCGCCAGAGGAAAGAUCGUUGAAAAAGAAAAUCGUUUUAGAAGGUGCACUUAUAACACAGUCAAAUAUUGAUGGAAAGCAGUUUGCUUUUCGUAUUAAAAGUAGAGAAAAUGGACGUUUACACUACAUAUGUGCAGAAAAUGAAGUUCUUCAACAAGAGUGGAUGCAAGCAAUUUAUUUAGCCAGAGGAGUCCAGGGAGAACAUUCUCAGGCCUGUGUCAUACAGUGACAUAUGCCAUUACCGUUGUUCUACAGAAGAUUAAUUUAACCUUACUGUAAUAUAUCUCUACGACCAAUCUGGUAAUAAUGCUUGUAUAGAUAUAACUACUGUUACAAGGGCAGAUCUAGGAUUUGUGAAACGGGAUGAGAAUUCUUAAAUGAGAACUCUUGAGAUUUACCAGUGUAAAGGCUACUUUAUUUUUGAUAUUUAAACUAAGUAUCAGUACUUUAAAGUUGAAUGAAAAUACACUACAGGGGUGCAGAAUGGGGCAUGCAUCACUAGUCCCACCAGAAAGAAAAAAAAAUUCCUACUAGUCUAUCAAUUUAUAAUUUAGUAAUACAACCAUAACUUCAGAUGAUCAACCAUGGAGUUGGUUAUUUUCCUACACAGCCAGGGUUAAAUGGGUAUGGUGCCUUACCCAAAUUUGUUUGCAAAUUGUUUUUUUGUUUAAGAUAACCUUUUGACAAAAUUAAUUACUCUUAUCAUUACUGUAUGAUUUUCUUAACCCUAAACUUAACCCAUUUUCUUUUUGGGGGAGGCCCUAGUUGCAUUCAGUUCCAUAGCACUAUACCCAAAAAUGUCUUCUGUCAGAAAAACUGACAGCACAUCAUUUCGUUUUAAAUUUCUAUGAUUUGGGUUAAAGCUGUCAUUGUAAGUUGCACAACUUAUAAUAUACUGCUUUAAGAAAGUAAAAACUAUUUAAAAUUUAUUGACAAACAGACGGUGUUUCUGCCAGAAAGAAAGUUUUGGGUAUCCAUGGGCUAUCAAAUUGAAUGCAACCACAGUCAACAGUGUAUAUGGGGGCCUCUCCGAGAAAGAAAAUGGGUUAUGUUUAGGAUUAAUUUUGUCAAAAGGUUAACUUUUAAAAAAAAAUCUGCAAAAUAUUUUGGGUAUGAUGUCAUACCUAUUUUACCCUAAUCUAGUGGUGACCUGAUCUUUACAUGUACUGGUAUUUCUUCCCUCUUAGAUCUGCCCCUGUAUUACCAAGUACAGUGUUGUUCUUCCUGAGAUGAGCUUUUUAUUACUAUAUUAGUCCCCUACCGGUCCAGUCGGAGGGGACUACAGGUUUCAUCUCCGUCCUUCUGUCUGUCUGUCCCACAUAUGUUUUCUGGAUGUUUUUUGCAGAAGGCUUUGAGAUAU